AUGAAUAGUCCUAUACUCCAUGUCAUGGUUGUAGGAUUUCAUCACACGAAAGGAAGCCAGGUAGUUCAUAAUUAAGCUUAAAGUCACACAUGUAGUUAAGGUCGAAUAUUGUUAUCCAACUUUACAAGAAGAGGGCGGGGAGGUGCUUAUGCCUCGUGUUUGGGAGAACUUACCGAAUCUGGCAAUGCCUGAUGGAUCCCAUAACUCUCCAAACGGGGGCAGGUUUAAUUUGUGGUAAUUUUAAUUCAAACAGAUACGGUCUACUUUACUCUACCUUCGUCUGAGGAUUCACGUUGUACGGUGUUUGGCAUCGCUUGUUAUAAGCACAUCGACAGUAAAAAACUACUUCAAAAGGAAGCAGAUGUGACAAGAAGUCAUGUCCAGAAAAGUGUUGUGGUAUUAUCUCGGAUUCCGUUGUAUGGUAAUUUGAGAGCAAAAUUGGAAUUAAUUACCGAGGCAUAUUUUAAUGAGAAGGACUUCACAAAAGUCGGGGUUCUAGAGCAGACCUUCAACAACCUCACAGACAUGUUUACUUACGACUUGAUGGAUAAUCAAGCGAUCUACAUGGGUGAGUCCGUGACCACGUUUCGUAAAAAUUUACAGGGAUACCCCUCUACUCUUUGCUGAUGUCGUUCAAACAUCGUACCUUAGAAUUAGUGAAACUUCUGUUGUUAGAAAAAAAAAUUAUUUUUGACAUUACCCCAACGAGCAGACUGAGCAAUGUCCUCAUGGGAUUGAUAUCAUUGUUUCCUUGUAAGUAUCGUUACAAUCAUUGCAAUUGAUAAGUGUAGGUACUUUGGAGGACGGGUUGACCGAAUGUGCCGUAACUUCUAAAUCAGGCUGUCAUUCGGAAUCUCUGAAUACAAAUGACUACGGGUUCCCCCUCAGCAUAUUCACCAAGGCAAGUAUUACUUUUUCAAACAAUUCCUUGUUCUAGGGCUAUCUAUUUCAUCCAUAUCUAAGUGUUAAUUGGAUAGAGCAACUACGAUCCGAUAAUGUUAGAGGCUAUUGCAUUGGCGUGACAAACGGCAUAUUUCAGUCAAACAAGGAUCUCUAUGAUGCGUAUGUAACGGUAAGUUCUUCUUCUUAUUGAAAUAAUGUAUUCUAGAUCGAUGCAAGCGGGGCCGGGUCCAUUAACAUAAGCGAUCACAAGCUUCAAAAGCUGGUCGAUUUAACAACGCAGGACGUCCGCUUCAUGCAAAAUAUUCUACAAGGUGUGGAAAACUCGACCCCAUCAGGUAACCGAUCCCUUUUCAAAUUACCGUAUCAUUAUCAGACUUCACAGGAAACGAUGACUGGGUUCGAGUUCAGGUAUACUCUUACAUAUGUUCCUUGCUUAUUGUCGGAAAGAACGAAAAAAGCGAGCACUGUGCGGAAUACAAUUCAGAAUUCUUAACAGCCUGGAGGGAUACCCACAACUUCAGAGUUUGGAAUGCAGGGAAUCAUGAACCGAUGCCUGACGUUGUAGCCGAGUAAGUCGAUUUUGUUUGGCUUCAAUUCUCUAUAGACAUCCCUGCUCUGGCCCCAUUGGUGCACAAGAUUUUCUUUUGAUAGUUGGACGGAAAUUCAAUAACAGUGGACAAGGAAGGAAAGUCAUAAAUACAAUUAACUCGACAGCCAAAUAUAUGAGUGAGCAGGGGAGUCGGCUCAAAUCCUCGUUUUCCACAUGGAUAAGUAGACCAAGCCAUUCAUAA